GCAACAUCGAACAUAAAAAUGAUCGACGUAGGCGUAAUCGAAUUUUGGACAGUGCACUAUCCCUGUUCAACUUGUUGCACCAUGUGCACCAGUUCAGAUGUUCAGGUAAUGCGAAAAUAAAGAACAGACCUACAGUUUUCGUGAAUACAUCGUUCGAAAAUUGACAGCGGGAAAAGUGUCGGUAUGUACAUACUUGCUGAAGCAAAACGUGCACUGUGCAGGAACCGACUAAUUUUUCCAGAACAUGAUUAUAAAGUAAAGAAAGCGAAAGAAUCAAUGUUGUUAUUGAAACAGAAAAUGGGCAAAACAGAUGUUUUAAUUAAGCAAUAUACUCAAAAUAUGAAAGAAGUUGAAAAUUUAAAAUCAAGCUUGGAAGUCGCAAAGAAAGAGGCCAUACACAUAAUAUCCGAUUAUUCGUCUGCCAAAGAUGAGAUAAAGGAAUUAAAAUGUAAAAUUGUAGAAUAUGAGCAAAGUAAUGAAAGAUUAAUGAACAGGACAAAGAACUAUGACAUAAAUAUAGCUGCAGAUAAACAGAGUAUACAACAAUUAACAUGUAAAGUAAAAGAACUGGAAGAAGAACAGUUGGUUAAAAUUAUGGAACAUAAUUUGGACAAGUCAUCCUUCGAAGAUAAAAUUAAAAAAUUGGAACAUGAAUUAAAAACGUUAAAAAAGGACGAUAUAUCAACUGUGACAAAAAAAGGUAGUAAAAAAAAGGAGAAAAUGAUAAUUUCUACAAAUGUUGAUACGGCUAAGCCAAAUAUAAGUAUAAAAUCUACUUCAGAUGUUGGUAUUAAUGUAUCACUGUGUAAUAUUGAAUCAAGUGUAAAAUGCGAAGUACGAGACCAAAAUAUUAUGACCGAUGAAUUUUAUCACACAAAAAAUGAUCCACAUCCAUUGUUUUGUGAAAAAUGUGAAGCUCAUUUGCUCCCAGAGUCGACUCCUGAAAAAAUAUUCAAAACCAUGGCCGCAUGUCCAAAAUUAAUUGAGAAAGAUUUACCUCCUUCACCGAAAAAGAUUUAUUCGCCACCAUGUUCAUUACCUAAUACCUACCCGGGUUUUACAAAUAGAAAUGAAGACUCUCUCUCUAAAAUAUCACCUAUACCUCAUCUACGUCCUUACAGCCCAUGUAGUGAUUCAAUAACAGGCAAUAUAAAAUCACAAUCAGGAAGGUCAUCCACAAUGACACAAAUUUGCGAAAAUGUUGAAUUAAGGAAUACGGAUAUUUCACAUAUACCACUUGUAGCCAAUAUACCCAGUAAUCUCAAUGCAAUUCCUACCUUGUCUCAAAAUAGGAACUGUGCAAGGGAGCAUUUCUGCUCUGAUGAUUUACGAAUUAAACACUCUAUAUCUAUUAAAAAAAUGAAAAGAAAAAUUCGAUCAUUAAAAAGAAAAAUGAGAAAGUUUCGAAGACUGAAGAAAAAAAUAGAUACUAAUUCUCGUUGUCGUUGCGUUAUGAAUCAUAAGGAUGAUGUCUCGCUAAAUUCAAAUCUAAUUUCUUUAAUCUGUAAAGGUGUGGCAGAAUAUUUCAAUGAGAAAAAAGAAGCAUGUCCUAAAAAUGAACGAGAUAUCGAUUCGGAAAAGUGUACUUGUUGCUCAAAAAGAAUAGAGCUAAAAAGGAGACAAUCAUGUAAUGCAUAUGAAAGCAUGUUUUCGAAAAUUGAAAAUUUCGAUGAAAAUGAACGAGUACGAGAUACAUGUUGUGAUAAAACUGAGAAUGCUACGAAUAUUAUUGAUGUUUUACAAUUUAAUCAUACAUCUAGGAAUAUGUUGUCGAGUGUGCAUAAGAAUUCAUACUCCAAUAUAAAUAUGUCCAGCACAUCUCUUAAUGAUAUUGAAAUUGACCAAGAGUUUCUUCAUAAGCAAAAUACAUUGCAUUCAGUAGAAGUAGUACCUAUUGAGAAUAGUUUAACGAUGUCACGUUUAAGCGUUGACAAAUUAUACGUAAGCAACGAUAACUUAAAUAAAGAUAGUGUAGACGCUAACGAUAUAGAUAAUCAAACUGUAACUAGAACAAUGUCCUUCUCUAACAAUAAAAAAUCUUUGGAUCAUAUUGAUGGAAAAACUGUCGACAUUAAUGCAGAGGAAAAUAAAAUAAAAAGAAACGAUGAAAUUGUACAUAAAGAUGAGUCUAGUGAAAUAUGUACAAAUGAUAUCUCAAGUAAAGAUGAUAUAGAAGAUAUCGAUAUGGAUAAUCAGAAAAUUGGAAUGAUAUCUUUAUUUAAAGAUGAAAAUUUUUUUGAUCAUACUAAUGAUAAAACUGUCGACAUUAAUGAAAAGGAAAAUAAAAUAGAAAAAAAGGGCCAAAGUGUACAUAAAAAUGAAGUUGGCGAAAUAUGCACAGGGGAUGAUUUCUUAAGUAAUCAUACUAUUAAAGCUAUUGAUAUCCAGACAGAAACUAGAAAUAUAUCUAAAAAUGAAAAUUCUACUGAUAAUGGCAAAAUUGUUGAUAUCGAUACAGAAAGUGAAAUGAAAAGAAAUAGUCAAAGUAUGCAUAAUGAUAAGAUUAGCGAAAUAUAUGCAAGCGAUGAUCUUUUCGACAAAAAUAAUGUAAAAGCUAUUGAUACGGAUAAUCAGAUAGAAGCUAGAACAAUAUUCUUAUCUAACGAUACAAAUUCCACUUAUCAUGCUUAUAGUAAAAUUAUUGACGUAAAUGCAGAAGAAAAUAAAAUAAAAACAAAGGACCAAAACAUAAAUGAAGAUAAGCUUGAUGAAAUACAUGCAAGCGAUAAUCUUUUAAGCAACAGUAAUGUAGAAAUUACUGAUACGGAUAACCAGACAGAAACUAGAACAAUAUUAUUAUCUAACAAUGAAAAUUCUCUUAUUGAUGACAAAAUUGUUGAUAUUAAUGCAGACAAAAUUGAAAUAAAAAGAAAGUGCCAAAAUAUAUACAAAGAUGUGCUUGGUAAAAUAAACACAAGCGAUAAUAUCUUAAGCCAAGAUAAUAUAGAAGCUGUUGAUAUGGAUAGCCAGACAAAAACUAGAAUGGCAUCCUUAUUUAACAACGAAAAUUCCACUGAUCUUGCUCAUAGUCAAAGUGUCGUUAUUAAUGUAGAAAAACGUAAUGUAAUGAGAAAAGGCCAAAAUCUACACAAAGCUAAAGUUGGCGAUCGCUUAUUAAAAAAUUUACGAAAUUUAAAGAGAAAGAAGCAACCAAUUUCGCACAUAAAUAAGCAAGAGAAUAUUAAACCAUAUUCAGAUCAUAAUUUUGAAAAUCUUGAAUUAGCAAAAAAACCGCGAAUUGAAAACGAAAAAGAGAUUAACGACAGUUCAUUAAAUCAUAUUAAAAAUUUGAAAAGAAAUUUAGAUAUACAAGCAGAAUCUACAAAUAAACAAACAGACGAUAAAUUAUGCUCUAAUCAUUAUGAACCGAAAAAAGUACGAAUCGCACAUACUCCAAAAAUACCAGUUUAUCAAUUGAGCGUCAAUAGAAAUAAUUCUACACAUUGUACGAUAAGAAAUAUAGCUACUUUAGCUACUUUAGCGAUUCGACAAAAAAAUAAUGUAAAUCAACAAUUAAAUACUGACAAAGAUAAUUCAUUAAUUAAAAGCAAGAAGGAUCCUAUAACGAAUAAGAAAUGUGAUGAGGAAAACGUCAAGUCUAUCCAAACAAAUAGUAAUAUUGACGAAAGACCUGUAAACAAAAAAGAUUUAGAUUUGAUGAAUACUGAAAAUUCUCUUCAAAAUAAUAAUAUCACUCCAUCUGCUAUUAAUAUUGAACAUGUUUCUAAGCUUGCGAAAUGUGAUGAUGUGAUUGAAGGUACAAUCAACAAAAAUAUUUCAAUAGAUAGAGUAGUAGGAGAGACUUUGAACAAUAGUGACGAGUCGAAUGUAGUACAUAACAAUAUUGUAAACGAUACAACGAAUAAUUUAAAACUUGAAAAAUCAAUUUCAUUGAGAACACGCGUUAUUACCCGCUCUGUAUAUAAAGACUUAAAACAUGACAAAGCCAGUGAAGCAUUAGAUACAAUUAAAACUAGAAAAGAGAUGUCGCCAACCGCUGAAUUGGAAUAUGCUUCUGAGACAUUUGAAAAUGAAAGUCACAACGAUUACAAUAUACUAAAGGAUGCGAUUUUAAAUGAUGAAUCGUCGGUUCUAUCUGAUCGAUCAAACGUGGAAGCAACGCCAAGUGAAAAUCAUAAUAAUAACGGAAUAUUUGACGGAACUAUUGCAGUUCUACAUUCACCAUCACCGAGAGACGUCAAUGAAAUGAAAAAUGCAAGAAACAUACAAGAAGAAACGUGUACUAGUAAUAGAGCAAUUAAAAUGCAGGCUAUCAAAACUCAAAAUAAAAAUCUAGUCAUGAGUCAACGAAAUAAAAAAAUGGAACUUAUCUUUGUCCCUCAAAAUUUCGAGGAAUCUCAGGCGCCAAUGUCACGACUACAUAAAUAUAUUAAUAAAAAUUUUAAAUAUUCUAUAUAUGAUUCUAUACAUGACGAUAUAAAAGUAAAAUUGGAAAAUACUUGCGGACCUCGUAUCAUAGCCAAAUGCAUAGUGGAGUUUAUAAUAGACGAAGUCGAUCAUACAGAAGCUUUGGAUAAAUCAUUUACUCCCCCAGCACCAUUGAUGACGAAAUUUGAACAGAAGAUCAUAACGUUAUUAUUCGAUUUGGAAGCAUCGAAACCAAUGGUGAUUUAUUUCGUACAAGCCGCCAUCGAAUUUCAUAUGUUUAGACUUGAUAGUAAUGUGAAGGACCCGGUUGAUUCGCUCACGCGGAUAUAUGUCGUCCUGUCACGUAUUCAGAAGGAUAGAGAAAAAAUACGCAUGAUGUGUUGCAGUGCUCUCUAUUGCAUGAAUCUUAAAUCAAUAGCUGUUUUAAAUACAAUAUUAACGUGCUGGUCUGAAGUUCUUCCGAAUGCCGAGAUGAACAAAGAAAUAUUAUCAAAAUGCAUAGCCUUUCUUAUCAACUCAGUACAGAUUAGUACCGAUAAGGACCGAAUAUUAAAGAAAUUAAAACAUUUAAAAUCAUUGAUAUUGAAAUGUUAUAACUAUACUAGCGAAACAGCAAAUGAUAUUGUUAAGGAACUUAUGACUGCUCUUAAAGCUAAACGGAUCGAGGGUUUGGAUACAGCCAUUAUACUUAUUGCAAAGCGAGAAAAGGCACAAUGGACAUAUAAAAAUAUUAUUGAAUCUGUUCUAUUACCAAUGAUUCUAAGCAAUCAACAUCCCUGCAUAUAUAGUGCAUUUUCUUUACUCGGAAGGCUUUUGCGCGCAUUCCCAUUACAAGAUAAAGAUCAAAUUGUGCACGGCAUCUCUGAACAGCUUUGUGUCCUCAUUCAAUCUGGCCAAGGUUCACACGAUCGACAAGAAGGCAUAAUAUCUGCGUUGCUCAGCCUUUCCAGACAUAAAUUCGACGUUAUAUCGUGGCCUGUAAUAACAUGGACGCCGAGUAAAUCUUUAAGACCGAUUGUCGACACACAAUUACAGACGUUCUUACAUACACGUACUUCAAAAUUUUGGAAAGAAUAUUUACAGAAAAAAAAUAUUAAACUUAUCCAAAGUAAAACGUGA